AUUUAUUACCAAAAUUUGAACCACCUUUAUUACACAUUUAAACCUGAAGAAACACUAAAUAGACAAAACAAGACAAUUCACACAACUUCGCUUUACGUGUUCCCGCCUAAAAGUCUGAAAGUCAGUAUUUCUUCGCUUCACUUUACUUCAGCAAAUUAAAGUUGUCGCAAAAAAUUUGGUAGUGAAACUAACAUAAUUUGUUCUUUUUAUUGAUUUUGUUGUGUUAAGUUGGCAUAAAGGUCUCGUUACCGGGCCAUAAAAUAUACAAAAUAUAUGUUUUUACAAUACAAAUAAAUCAAAAUAUUAGGUAGGCAGGUAAUACCUACUAAAUUAAAUAUAAUGAUGGCAGCACGUAAUUUUUUUGCAUGGAAAAUGCUAUCGAUGGCUGCAGCCCAAGAUGAGCGAAAUUAUAUGACUAGUAUUCGGAUAAAGUAUAGAAAUUCAAAUAAUCCAGUUACAAAUCUUACUGAGACCGAAUUUAGAAGAAUCUAUCGUUUCUCGAAGAAGACGUUUAAGUUCUUAUGCGAAGAACUUAGACAACUAACAAAUUUAAGAUCAUCUCAGCGCGUCAGCUUGGAAGUCAAGGUACUAACUGCCCUAUUUUUCUACGCAACGGGAUCCUACCAGCGGCCAGUGGGAAUUGCAAAAAAUGUGUCCCAAAAAAUGUGUAGUGUGUAUAUUGAACAAGUAACGGAAGCUCUAAUAUAUAAGGAUUUUUUAUGCAAAUAUAUUAAGUUUCCAGACACUUCAACUGCCAGACAAGAAGUUAGUCGCAGGUUUUUUUAUAAACAUCAAAUACCAGGUGUAAUUGGAUGCAUAGACUGUAGUCAUUUCAGAAUAUUUGGGCCACCUAAAAGAGAAGAGCAUCAGUAUUAUUGCCGAAAACACUAUCAUUCUAUUAACGUCCAAAUGGUAUGUGAUGAUGAAUAUAGAAUCCUCAAUGUUAAUUCUAAAUUUGGAGGUGCAAAUCAUGACUCAUUUAUAUGGGAUAAUAGUGACUUGAAUCAGUAUAUGCAGUUGUUGCACCAAAAUAAUGAAACUAUGUGGCUUUUAGGAGACUCUGGCUAUCCGCAACGUCCAUGGCUGAUGACUCCAAUUUUGAAUGCUGCCCCAAAUACACCUCAAAGCAAUUAUAAUCAGAAGCAUAUGAGAGCUAGAGUUGUUAUUGAAAACACAUUUGGAAGACUAAAAAAUCGUUGGCGGUGCCUUAACAAAGACAGGGCUCUUCACUAUAAACCUGUAAAAUGUGCUAGAAUCAUACUAGCCUGUUGUGUUUUGCACAAUAUAGGCAUUAAUUAUGAUACUGUAGACGAUGCAGAUAAUAUAGAUCUAGAAAAUGAUGAUGACCAAGGCCAUGAUGAGAUUAUGAGAGAAACAAGUUCUACAGCCGAUUUAAUAAGAGGCAGGGUACUAAGGGAUCAAUUAGUUAGAAGAUUAUAUCAGCAAUAAUUGUUUUAGAUUAUAAGUUCAUUGAUCCCUAUCUUCAUUUCAUUUAGAUUUUAUUUUUUCUGUUCUUUUAGUUAUAAUUACAAUCUUGUAAAAAUAUUUACUAUAUCUGUCUAUGUUUAGUGUGGAGAUAAAUAAUAUUUAAAAGAAAAAAGCUUUAAUAAAAAUA